GGCCUACUCCCAAACUCACUUGAAACUCUAACGAUUUCAAACUAUGUAUUAACAAAGUACAGCUUACCUUCAAGCCUUACCUCACUUACUUUUACAAAUGGAUUCAAUCAGCCCAUUACCCCAGGUAUAUUUAAAGAAGGAUUAAAAACCCUAAACCUAGGUGCAACUUUCAAUUCUAAAAUAUACCCAUUCUCUCUUCCAGAAUCAUUGGAGGAACUAGUGUUUGGGGAAUUCUUUAAUCAAGAUAUCCCAGAGAUAAAUGUAAUCCCAAAAAAUGAACUUGUUUUCGGUGAUUUAUUUAACAAAACCAUUACCAGAGAGUCUCUUCCAUCAUCUCUAGAAUCCCUAACAUUUGGCAAGCACUAUAACAAAACAAUCGAAAAAUCAUCACUUGAAACAAAUACAAAACUAACUCAUCUUACCUUUGGUGAUAAGUUUAAUCAGCCAAUUAUACCCAACUCUUUACCAUCUAGUAUUGUCAAUCUCAAAUUUGGUAAAAAGUUUAACCAGCACCUUCCCCAUGGUGCCUUGCCACCAAAAAUCAAGCGUUUAAAAUUUGGAAAGUAUUUUAACCAACCCAUUUCAAACUUACCAGCUAUAACCAAUUGUCAGUCGCUAUUAUGUAUUAAAUUUGGUGCGAAUUAUAAUGAAUCGAUAGCAGAGUUUAUAAAAGCUCUUUCAAAUUGUAAAAAAUUAUAUAAACUAUGCUUCCAAAACCUCUCAGAACCAUUAAAUAUUUUUUCAAACUUUAAAGAUCUAUUGCAAAGUAAUAUUACUGUUAUUAAAAUAUCUGAAGGUAAUCUUGGAGAUAUUUCAAACCUGCCAUACUCCAUUCAAGAACUAAUUAUACCAGAAAACUACAAUUUAACAACACUUAACAAAUCCAUAAUCUCAACUAUUUAUUUAAAGUGGAAUGUAUCAUUACUAAAUUAUUUUAAAUAUCUAAAGAAAUAAAUAAUUAAAAUUUAAUUAUUGUUUUUAAAAUUAUUAUUUUUUUUUUUUUGUUAUAAUUUAUUAUAAACAACUAUAAUAUAAUAAAAGAAAUAAAAGGAAUAUAGUUUUAUAGUUU